CUCAUUUCAUUUCCCCUUCCCCCCAAAGACACUGCCUGCCAACACUACUCACUCUCACUCUCUCUCUCUCUCUCUCUCUAGAACUACAUGGUCCCACCAACCCACCGGUGGGGGAAUCGGCGGCGAUGAACGGCGGCACCACCACCACCACCACCACCGCCACCUUCCGAUCCAUCCUCGACAAACCCCUCAAACACCUCACCGAGGAUGACAUUUCUCAGCUCACUCGCGAAGACUGUCGCAGAUUCCUCAAAGAAAAAGGGAUGCGCAGACCUUCCUGGAACAAAUCGCAAGCGAUCCAGCAGGUCAUUUCCCUCAAAGCGCUUCUAGAACCCACCGACGAAGAUUCUCCCGCCGCCGUGCACCGCCACUACCACCACCACCAGCAACCUCCCCAUGCCUCCUCUCGAGGGAGGAAUCUGAAUGAAGCUCCGGCGACGGCACCGGUUGCGGAGGAGGCUGGUUUUCAGGCUGCCGCCGAAGAGCCGCAGAAAUCUCCGUCUGCGGAGAAACUUCCAGAGACGAAUGAUGCCAAUGUUGUUAGCCCCAGAGGUUGUGCAUCUAGUGGAUCAUUUGGGCAAAUGACAAUUUUCUACUGUGGUAAGGUGAAUGUCUAUGAUGGAGUCUCACCUGAUAAGCGACAUUUGGAUUUGCAGGCACGAUCGAUUAUGCAGCUUGCAGCAAGCCCAGUCCAAUGUCCUCAGGAUGACCCUUCAAAUAAAAAUGCAGCAGUUUGGGCUUCUACUUGCCCUUCACUGAUGGAUAAGGAUGCGCUCUUCCCCGUUGAUACAGCAAUCCUUCAGGUUGCUCAAACAGAUAAGAUGGUGGAAUAUCCUCUGCAAUACAGGGAGAAAGUGAGCAUACCUCGCGAUGCUGAUGUAGAGGGUCAAGCAAGCAGAAAAGUGUCAGUGCAGCGGUAUCUUGAAAAGCGAAAAGACAGGGGAAGAUUGAAGGGCAAGAAAUCGACCAGCGUAACUUCAUCUAACUUCGACAUGUAUGUGAACCUUCCAGUGAAGGGCCAUGCCUCAAAUGGGAAUUCAAGCCGUAGUAGCACUAGCUCUCCUCCACAGCCUAGAUUGCCUGUAGUUUCCGGUGGCUCAGCUGACAAUCAGCUAAAAGUUUCCCUUCCCAUUGAUCUCAAUGACAAAGAUGUUCAAGGAUCCUAAAACUCAAGACCAGAUAGAUUAUGCAGAGUUGGGACCUGUAGAUGAUUGAAGGGAGGUGAUUACUGCAUAACUUAAGCGAAGAGACCAUAGCUUCUUGGAGCCUAUUGCAAGGAUUGGGCUGCUCGUUAAUUUUAGUAGCUUUAACUGCUUGGUAAAUUUAUUUUGUUUAGGAUAGUUGAGUCUCCCGCUUACCUGAUCAAUUUUGUAAUUCAGCCAUCUAAUUUUCAUCCGUCGGGAAUUUCUUGUUUCUGUAGUUGAAGGUUUUUUGAGUUAAAAUUUAGAGCCAGGAGCAGCUAUUUUCCCAGGAAUUUAUGGAUAAUUGGAUAUGUAAAUUUGUUGUGCUGCCUCUUGUUAAAUGUUAAUAGCUUUUUGCAAGCCAA